AUGGCUUCCAAUAAAGAGGCAUCAGUGGCCUCUUCUCUUGAACGGUUGGGGAUAGAGGAACGGAGAAGCUGGGAUGUUCAUUUUAUUCGGAGACCAAAUGAUUGGGAAAUGGGUGGUGUGGAUGAUUUUCUCCGCACCUUGGGUUCAAAUCUACCUCCCACUGAAAAUGGACAUCGUGUAUGGAAGGUUAAGGCUCCUCAGCGUGUCUCCUUCUUUGUGUGGACUGUUGUGUGGGAUAAGAUCCUCACAGGUGAUAAUUUGAGGGGUAGAGGGAUGGAUUUUGUUGACCAGUGCAUUAUGUGCCGUUGUAAUGGGGAAACGGUGGAUCACUUGCUACUUCAUUGUGGUAAGGCUCAUAAGUUGUGGAGUUUGGUGUUUAGAUCUUUUGGGAUUUCAUGGGUCUUGCCAAGAAUGGUUGCAGAUACUCUCUUUGGUUGGUGGAAUUGGCCUGGAAAACAUUCAUCUAGCAUUUGGAAUUUAGCUCCUUUAUGCUUAAUUUGGUGUCUUUGGAGGGAGCGAAAUUGGAGGACAUUUGAGGACUUGGAUAGCUCGGAUGACCAAUUAUUGGCUUCUUUCAGUGGCUCCCUAUUUGACUGGUCUAGGGGUUGGGAAAUCACCUCUAGUGAAUCUCUCCCUGUGUUGCUUAGCUCUCUCCUUUGUAUUUAG